AUGCCUCCUUGGGUCCUAAAAGAACUUUCCCUUCUUGCUUUCUCCUUUUUCUGGUCUGGCAAGCGUGAAGUAGUCUCGCGCUCUGUUGUUGUCCAACCCUCGCUGUUUGGUGGUUUUUCGGUGGUCAAUGUCAAGCUUAAAGUCUGGGCUCUUCUCGGUCAAUGGGUGAGGAGGUUCGCCUCCUCUUUUUCUGGCUGGGUUUCCUUCAUGUCAUUUUGGUUUAAUCUUCAUUUUGGUGCUUCCUCCCUUGACGUUUUUUCCCGGCCGUAUUCUUAUAACCCCAGGGUCUUGCCACCCUUCUAUAGGUCUCUCCUUUUUGCUUGGCGCGGUCUGGAUGGGUCUUUUUCGGUGUCUCGUGAUGCCCUGGUCUAUGGUGCGUCUUCCGCUCAUGUCUGUUCCCCCGUGUCGAUUUCGAGUACCAAGGCCUGUUACUUGUUCCUUUUGUCCGAAAGUAUGGUCUCUCCUCAUUGUGUGGAGAAGUUUGCUGGGGUCUAUGGUGCUCUUGAUUGGCCGGCCACUUGGCGUUCCCUUUUCUUUUUUGAUCUGGGCCGUCAGGUGUCCGACCUGAGUUGGAAGGUUGCUCACGGUGUCCUCUAUACAGCGCAGCGUCUUGGGUCUUUCGGGUUGCCAGUUCCUCUCUCUUACUUUUGUGGGGCUCCUGCGGAAUCCUUGGAGCAUCUUUUCUUUUCUUGUCCAUUGGCUCAGAGUGUUUUGUCUUGGCUUCAAUCUUUGCUGUUUGCUUUUUCCCCUAUGUUUCCGGUUAUUUUGUGUAGGCAUGUUCUUUUUGGUUUUAAUUCUGAUGAGUUGCGUGUCAUGCCUCGUAUUUUUGUGUAUUUGCUCAACUUGUCGAAGUUUCUGAUCUGGCAUUCCCGGAAUGACUUUAGGUUUCGCGGUAUCCAUCCUGGCGCUGCCGAGGUCAUCAUGAAGGCUAAAGUGCGCGUGAGGUUCAACAUCCCGCUCUUUUUCAAGCGCUUCAUGUCCUCUCGCCGCCGUCGGUACUUUCAUAGGCAGUGGGGUGCUCGUGGUGUCGUUGCGUCUGUUGUCGAUGGUUGUUGUUUGGUGAAUAUCUAG